UCGGCCUACGCUACGCCUGCACCCAACGCUCAAUAACCCCUCCUUCACCCUCCUCUCCUCUACCUCUAUUUAAAGCACCCAUUUCAGUUGAACCCACUCAGGAAUUUUGGGUCACCUGAAAUUUCCUAACCUAUAAUUUCAACAAACGCCACAUUUUGUCGCACUUUCCUUCCAUUCUUCCACCUUUCCGAGAAAACAAUCAGCAAUGGAGUUUUGUCAGGACAAAGGUACUACUUCACCAGGGUUUUGCACUACUGAUCCAUUGAACUGGGGCUUGGCUGCUGAAUCGUUGAAGGGUAGCCACCUUGAUGAGGUCAAGCGCAUGGUGGAUGACUACAGGAAGCCUGUGGUCAAGCUAGGGGGUGAGACACUGACCAUAGCCCAAGUUACUGCAAUUGCCAACCGUGACGCUGGUGUCAAGGUUGAGCUAUCGGAGGAGGCUCGAGCCGCGGUCAAGGCCAGUAGUGACUGGGUUAUGGAUAGCAUGAGCAAAGGAACUGAUAGUUAUGGUGUCACCACUGGCUUUGGUGCAACCUCUCAUAGAAGAACCAAGCAGGGUGGUGCCCUUCAGAGAGAGCUCAUAAGGUUCUUGAAUGCUGGGAUCUUUGGAAAUGGAGCACAAUCUUGCCACAUAUUGCCUCACUCUGCAACCAGAGCGGCUAUGUUGGUGAGAAUCAACACUCUACUGCAAGGUUAUUCAGGCAUAAGAUUUGAAAUUUUGGAGGCUAUUACCAAGUUCAUCAACAACAACAUUACCCCAUGUUUGCCCCUCAGAGGUACAAUCACUGCUUCUGGUGACCUGGUCCCAUUGUCUUACAUUGCCGGGCUUUUGACAGGUCGGCCCAAUUCCAAGUCAAUGGGGCCCAAGGGACAAUCAUUGGAUGCAUCUGAAGCCUUUAAGUUGGCAGGGAUCAAUGGUGGUUUUUUCGAAUUACAGCCCAAAGAGGGUCUAGCUCUAGUAAAUGGCACUGCAGUUGGUUCUGGCUUAGCUUCUAUGGUGCUUUUUGAGGCAAAUGUGUUGGCAAUCCUAUCAGAAGUUUUAUCAGCAAUUUUUGCAGAAGUUAUGCAAGGAAAACCAGAGUUUACUGACCACUUGACACAUAAAUUGAAGCAUCACCCUGGACAAAUUGAAGCUGCAGCUAUUAUGGAACAUAUUUUGGAUGGUAGUUCCUUUGUUAAAGCAGCUCAGAAGAUACAUGAAACUGAUCCCCUGCAAAAGCCUAAACAAGACCGAUAUGCUCUUAGAACAUCUCCUCAGUGGCUAGGCCCUCAGAUUGAAGUGAUCAGAACAGCAACAAAAAUGAUAGAACGAGAGAUCAACUCUGUGAAUGAUAAUCCAUUGAUUGAUGUGUCAAGGAAUAAGGCUUUACAUGGAGGGAAUUUCCAGGGGACGCCAAUUGGUGUUUCCAUGGAUAACACUCGUUUAGCCAUUGCUUCAAUUGGGAAACUCAUGUUUGCACAAUUCUCUGAGCUUGUUAAUGACUUUUACAACAAUGGUUUGCCUUCAAAUCUCACAGGUGGCCGCAAUCCAAGCUUGGAUUAUGGGUUCAAAGGAGCUGAAAUUGCCAUGGCAUCUUACUGCUCAGAGCUUCAAUUCCUUGCAAAUCCUGUCACCAACCAUGUCCAAAGUGCCGAGCAACACAACCAGGAUGUCAACUCAUUAGGGUUAAUUUCUUCAAGGAAAACAGCUGAAGCUGUUGACAUAUUGAAGCUCAUGUCUUCCACUUACUUGGUUGCUCUGUGCCAAGCCAUUGAUUUGAGGCACUUGGAGGAGAACUUGAAGAACACUGUCAAGAACACAGUAAGUCAAGUUGCAAAGAGAGUCCUCACAAUGGGCUUCAACGGCGAGCUUCACCCAUCAAGAUUCUGCGAAAAGGACCUUCUCAAAGUGGUCGACAGGGAACACGUCUUUGCCUACAUUGAUGAUCCUUGCAGUGCAACCUAUCCACUAAUGCAAAAGCUAAGGCAAGUACUAGUAGACCAUGCCAUGACGAAUGGUGAGAAGGAGAAGAAUUUGAGCACCUCCAUUUUCCAGAAAAUUGGAGCAUUUGAAGAGGAACUGAAGGCCCUUCUUCCUAAAGAAGUGGAAAGUUCCAGGGCUGAAUAUGGCAAUGGUAAUCCAGCUAUUCCUAACAGGAUCAAACAAUGCAGGUCAUACCCACUAUAUAAGUUUGUGAGGGAAGAAUUGUGCACAAGUUUGCUAACCGGCGAGAAGGUUCGAUCGCCUGGAGAAGAAUUUGAUAAGGUUUUCUCAGCAAUGUGUGCAGGGAAGCUCAUUGACCCCAUGUUAGAAUGCCUCAAGGAGUGGAAUGGUGCUCCUCUUCCUAUCAGCUAAGAUUUUUUUCUUUUUGUUUCCUUCACAUAAAGGUUAUAUAUGUCCUGUUAAUUUGUAACUUCAAAAUUGUAAUAUCAAAGUGUGUGUGUUUAUGAUGGUUUUUUUUUCUUUAAUCCUUGAGAGAAUCUUGAUUUCUUUGGACUUUGAAUUUCAGUAAAAAUGUAUAAUAAGAUAUGCAAUCAAGAUUUACUCAUGCGUUUCUUUCAUAAA